CCCCGGGAAGGGGCUGGGUGGCCUAGUGGGGGCUCGAAGCGGGCCCGUCCGGGGCAGCGGCGUGGCGUCCUGCAGGCCGGGCGUUUCCGGCGGCGCGACGGUCGUUGCGCCCUCACCUCAGGAGGCUUGCUUCCCUGCGGGCCUGGCUUCCCCGCCGCGGUGUUCCGAGCGCCACCCCGCGCCGGCUUUACAGCGUUUCGCGUCCUGCAGGCGCGUCCGUCCCUUGCCUCACACCACAGCCAGCGUGGCUGCAGCCGCCUGCGCCGCCUCAGCCUCUCCCGAAGCUGCCCUGACUCUUGGUUUCCUUAUCCCACUCCCGGCUUCUAACCCUGGCUAAUUAUUUUGCGUAGUACCUACUCAACAUAGAAGUGUGGAGUGUCUUGGCUGAAUCCUCAUGCAGACAAGAUCAUUAUGGUCCUAGUAGGUAGGACAAGUAUCCUGAUAGAAGCUUAUCUUGAAAAAUCAGAAGACCUGGAAGUACUGGACCUAUCUUUCAUUGUGGCAGCAAUUUGUGGCAGCAGCAAGCAGCUGCCAGCGUAGGUUGAAAAAAUGGCACAUUAGUUGAAGGAAACAAGGGAAUGUCCAGAAGAAGAAGAAGAAAAUAUUGUUAUUUAGACUGAUAUACAUGUCCAGUCUGUUUGCUGUAAAAGAAAAAUCAGCCAAAGGGAGUGGUUUAAGAUCCACUGCAGGUGUAUGAACAGCAUUGCUUCUGCAACAAAAGCCUAGACUCACCACAUCUUGGGAGGAGAAUGGCCACUGCAUGGGGGGCAGCCUUUCUCAUGCUGGUGACAUCCUGUGUUUGCAGCACUGUCUUCCACAGAGACCAGCAGACUUGGUUUGAGGGUGUCUUCCUGUCUUCCAUGUGCCCCAUCAAUGUCAGUGCUAGCACAUUGUAUGGAAUUAUGUUUGAUGCAGGGAGCACUGGAACACGAAUUCAUGUUUAUACCUUUGUGCAGAAAAUACCAGGUCAGCUUCCGAUUCUGGAAGGGGAAAUUUUUGAUUCUGUGAAGCCAGGACUUUCUGCUUUUGUAGAUCAACCUAAGCAGGGUGCUGAGACUGUUCAAGGACUCUUAGAGGUGGCCAAAGAUUCCAUCCCCCGAAGUCACUGGAAAAGAACCCCAGUGGUCCUGAAGGCAACAGCAGGACUGCGCUUAUUGCCAGAACAGAAAGCCCAGGCUCUGCUCUUUGAGGUAAGAGAAAUCUUCAAGAAGUCACCUUUCCUGGUACCAAAUGACAGUGUUAGCAUCAUGGAUGGAUCUUAUGAAGGUAUAUUAGCUUGGGUUACUGUGAAUUUUCUGACAGGUCAGCUGCAUGGCCAGAGCCGGGAAACUGUGGGGACCCUGGAUCUCGGGGGGGCCUCCACCCAAAUCACAUUCCUACCCCAGUUUAAGAAGACCCUGGAACAAACCCCUAGGGGCUACCUCACUUCAUUUGAGAUGUUUAACAGCACUUAUAAGCUCUAUACACAUAGUUACUUGGGAUUUGGAUUAAAAGCUGCAAGACUAGCAACCCUGGGAGCCCUGGAAACAGAAGGGAUUGAUGGACACACUUUCAGAAGUGCCUGUCUACCAAGAUGGUUGGAGGCAGAGUGGAUCUUUGGGGGCGUGAAAUACCAUUAUGGUGGCAACAAAGAAGGGGAAAUGGGCUUUGAGCCCUGCUACACUGAAGUGCUGAGGGUGGUCCAAGGAAAACUUCACCAGCCAGAUGAGGUCCAGAGAAGUUCCUUCUAUGCUUUCUCUUACUAUUAUGAUCGUGCUGUUGACACAGACAUGAUUGAUUAUGAAACAGGGGGUGUUUUAAAAGUUGAAGAUUUUGAAAGAAAAGCAAGGGAAGUGUGUGAUAACUUGGAAAACUUCGCCUCAGGCAGUCCUUUCCUAUGCAUGGAUCUCAGUUACAUCACAGCCUUGUUGAAGGAUGGCUUUGGCUUUGCAGACAGUACUGUCUUACAGCUCUCAAAGAAAGUGAACAACAUAGAGACAGGCUGGGCCUUGGGGGCCACCUUUCACCUGCUGCAGUCUCUGGGGAUCUCCCACUGAGGCCAGGCCCUUCUUCUGAGGAUUGCAUUUGCCAACAACCUUUUUAAAGGUAGAAGGAGAGAGGACUCAGUCAUGUUCUGAGCUAGUCUGAGGAUAGCCUGGACUGAAGCCCAGCAGCUCAAUUCAUCAGGAGGAAGGAGCUUUUGGAGACAGGUCUUGCCCUUGAGUCUGGAGAUUUGGGUCUAAUUAAUUCUGUAUAUCUAAUGUGAACUCUUGACCUUACCGCUCUGCUUGCACAGCUGGCACCAGAGUCUAAAUCUUUGAGAUUCUUUGUGUGUCACAGCCAAAAGGAAAAGCUUUGAAAUUAACCUUGGAGAGCCCAGGGACAGGUCCCUGGGAACCAAAGAAAAAUCUCAUUUCAGCCCUUUGAGUGCCUCAUUCCUUUGAACAUAUUAAUUUUCCUCUUAACACGCUACACUAAGCCCACUGAUUGCAAUCCCAUGACCUAUCAACACCAGUAAUUUUUCCUCCUCCCUACACAUUGCCACGUCCCACCCUCUUUCCACUCACCUCCCCUAAAAACAAAAACAAAAACCUGGUUUAUGCUUUUCACGUGUAACUCCAAGGGAGAGAAAAGGUAACAUACCUGAAAUUGUGUGAUCCUGCUUUGUGCCAGUUCUUGGCAAGAUAGAGAGCAACUCCUCACUGUGCAGACCCCAGCCUAAAAAAGGAGUCUAUUUGAUCUCUAGGGACAAGGUUUGGGAGAGUGUGGCUCCCUUGAAUAGACCUUCUCUUAAUCAGGCAAUCCUGGGAUUAAUUAACAUAUCCAACUUUAUAGGAAUGUAUGUGUAUUCAGUGCCAGUUCCUCCUCCCAGGAAAAUGUGUUUAUAGUUAAUUUCUCAUCCUAAAUGAGUUUUCUUUGUAUUUCUAAGAAAUUCAUCUAUUCUGGCUUUGGUCUGUGCUCAGAUGCCUUUGGCUGUGCUGUGCAAGGGUCUCUAGAUUUGGGUCACAGCUCCUUGCAGUUUGCCCUUUUAUUCUCUCCGUUUGUAGUCAUAUCUCUUUCUGCUCUGACCCUGAUAAUUUUAGCUAACUUCCUCUAAAUUAUUUUUUAGUUCCAGGGUGUCUGGUACCUUUCUUGAUGGUACCGAAUAUUUGAUUAGGUUGGCCAUUUUGGCCCACAUCAGUACGGUGGAUUCUCUUUUUGUUUGAGUGUUGAGAGCUCUUGAUUUUGUGAAUUAUUUCCCCUAAAAUUAAUUAUCUUUUUUUUUGUGUGUGUAGUGGUGGUGGGGCGGGGGUUGUUUUUUUUUGUUUUUUUUUUUUUACAGGAUCAUCAUCUGCUUCUUAUCUACCCACUCAAGUGCUCUUAGACUUCAAAGAUCUUUGUAUAGUCUGGCUCCUUUACCUUAGCUCUUUGCCUCCAGCUUCUUUCUAACAAAGUUUGCAUGUCCCCAAACUUGUAGUCUUCACAGUAGACUCUUUCAGCUCUUUCAAACAAGUGUUAAAUAUACCUGGCCCUCACACUAGUUCCUGGGGAAACUUAUUUCUUAGUCAUUCCAUUGAGUCAAUAAAUAUUUAACAUCUGAUAUGUGCAAGUAGGCAAAUUUCUAUAUCCUCAUCCCCCAAAUUUUGUUUUUUAAUUCAAUGUGGAAUUUCUUCAGAUACUUCUUUUAUUAUACUGAGGUCACUUUUAUACCUACUGUCUUCCUCAAAAGAUGCUACAUAAUUAAAUAGAAUCUUUAGAAAGUUGAAAACUACCAAAGAUAAAACCCAGUCUUCUGCCCAUUGCAGAAUUCCCUGAACAUUUCCAGUUGGUUAUCAUUCAUCUUCUGUUUAGGCAUGUGUUUGGAUAGCUUAUUCCAUUUUUUGACUUUGCUGAUGUUAAAAGAAAAUCUCUUUUAUAUUGAGCUGAAAUUACCUAUCUUCUCAGUGGUCUUAGUUCUGCUCUGGUGUCUCCUUCCACAGCCUUUCAAUCUUCGGAGAAAACUUCCAAGUCCUUUAUGGUAUCUUCUUUAACAUACCAUAUGGCUUCUUUUCAAAAAAACAAACAAACAAAAAAACAAAAAACAGGGUGCUGGAACCAGUCAUCAUACACUAAAUGUUCUUCCAUAUAAUUAGGGAGAGAGACUGUUUCCUCUAGUAGAAACCAAGUUUUCCCAAGAGGUAAGCUGUGUUCACUAGACUCAUCCAGCUUGAUGGGUCUGGAGAGGUAAGGUUCCAUGGUCUUUAGCACCACAGCUUGUCUGUGAGGCUUAUAAAUAGGAGCCAAGUAUUGUUCACCCAACUCCUUUGGUCAUCCCAGAUACCUUCAGAAAUCUGUAGGUAGAAAUCAGUAGAUGCAGUAGUAUUCCAGAAGUGUAUCUACAUAUAUUCUGAUUCCCUUGAUGAGAACAUCUGGACAAUUAAUUUAUCCAGUUUAGGAGCAACUUGGAAUAAGAAUUUUUAUUUCUUAGAAAAAAAUUUUCUAUAAUGUCCUUUCUGCCCCUUAGUGUACCUUUUGGGCCUCUUAUUGAGGGGUCAUAUAGAGUCUAAUGUUGCUGGUUAAGUUUCCUUUCUCUAAAUGUGUAAGAUUUCAAACACUAAGGACAUGGCCUGGCACAUAAUGAAUGUUGUGUUGUUACAUCAUCAUCAUAUGAAGAACAUCUUCUGUGGGUCGUGGAGGUUUGCAAGAUGUGCCUUAAAAUUCUUCCUGUCCUGCCUGAUUUGGUUGGUGUAUUUUUGGAGUCCACGUUCUCCUUACCUGGGCUACCUUUCCAUUUUUUGUGAAAGAUGAUCUUUUUUCUCUAUGGUGACCUUUCUGGACUCUGCUGGUACUCACACAGCUUUUCACAGUAACUGCCCUAUUCCAUUCUGGCCAUAUUUUUCCUGAAAUUACAGGAAGUUUCAUGACUGUCACUUUCUUUAGUAUCUUUACAAAUUUUCUGCAUUUGCCUGUAAAGCUCCCCCUGUGGUAACAAGUUUCUCAUCCCUUCAAAAAUUAUUCCCAAGAAUAGCUUAGUUUGGUUCAAAAGCAGACGGUUUCUUCUCAUUUCAUCUUCAAAUCGGACUUUUGGGCAAGAUAUUUUUUACAGUGUACAAAUACAAUGGAUGCACAAAUCUAUAAAAGGAUUCUCUGGGACCAUGAAGUGAGCUUUUCAAAAACCCAGAGCAAGACACCCUUUCUCCCACAGGUCACCCACUAGUCUACAACCAAACAUGUAUGUGAUUCUGCUGCUAAUCGACUUUCCCCUUUGACCUGGUUCCUGAGGUCUUCAAACCUGUGCAAUUAUUUAUUGUUUUAUUACUGAACAGACAAUGGUGUCCCAGAGAGGAACCAUAAAUAAAAUUGAAUUCUGGUGCUGUGAUAAGGAAGUAAUUAACAUUAAGAAGAUUUUUUUUUUUUUCAGGAAGUCCAGUGUGCACCUUUAACCAAGGUUAAAGCAAUUUAUGUUUAAUUUGCAUUUGUUAGGGAUUCUGAAACAGCAGUUGUAACAAAAAUGCAUGAAUUGGGUAUUUUUAAUUUUUAUCUUCAUCAGAAAGCAAUUGUGUAAAUUUAUGACCAGCAUUAAAAAGAAUUACAUAAAUCUUUAUUAUGUAAGUUUCUGGUGUGUAGCUUUAUAAUUCAUCUGUGUAUACUACCAAGUGAUCACCACCACAGACCUAGUCACCGUACUGUCGACCACCUCCUCCUCUGGUAACCACUGGUCUAUUCUCUAUAAGGUUUUUAUUUUGUUUGCCCUUUUGUUUUUUGAGAUCCACAUACGAGUGAAACUGACUUUUCUCCAGUAUACGUGUUCUUGGCUCCUUUGUGGUAAAAUAAUUGCCCCGAUAUGUGUGGGUUUAUUUCUGGGCUCUCAGUUCUGUUCCAUUUGAUCUCUGUCUGUUUUUGUACCCAUACCAUGCUGUUUUGAUUAUUAUAGCUUUGUAGUUUGAAAUAGUUUGAAAUCAGGGAGCUUGAUACCUCCAAAUUUGUUCUUCUUUCUCAAGAUUGCUUUGGCUAUUCGGGAUCUUUUGUAGUUCCAUACAAAUUUUAGAAUUAUUUGUUCUAAUUCUGUGAAGUAUGCCAUUGGAAUUUUAAGAGCUAUUGCAUUGAAUCUGUAGAUGCCUUUGAGUUGUAUGGGCAUUUUAGUAUUAAUUCUCCUAAUCCAUAAGCACAGAACAGCUUCCCUUUGUGUCUUCAAUUUCUUUCAUCAGAGUCCUAUAAGUGUCUAGGUCUUUCACCUCUUUGAUUAAAUUUAUUCAUAGGUAUUCUUUUUGAUGCAGUUGUAAAUUGCAAAUGGAAUUGUUUUUUUAACUUCUUCUGAUGCUUUAUUCUUAGUGUGUAGAAACACCACAGAUUUCUGUGCAUUGAUUUUACAUCCUGCAACUUUACUGAAUUUUUUAGUUCUAGCAGUUUUCUGAUGGGGUCUUUAGGGUUUUCUAUGUAUAGUAUCAUGUCAUCUGCAAAUAGUUUUACUUCUUCCUUUCUGAUUUGGCUGCCUUUUCUCUUGACUAAUUGGUGUGGCUAGGACUUCCAGUACUGUAUUGAAAAAGAGAGGUAAGAAUGGGCAUUCUUGUCUUGUUCUUGUUCUUAGAUGAAAGGCUUUCAACUUUGCACUGUUGAGUAUGAUGUUAGCUAUAUGAUUGUCAUAUAUGGCCUUUAUUGUGUUAAGUUACGUUCCCUACUGUACCUACUUCAUUAAGAAUUUUGUUUUUCAUUGUUUGUUUAUUUUUGAGAGAGAGAGCAUGCGAGUGGGAGGGGAGCAGAGAGGGAGACACAGAAUCCAAAGCAGGCUUUGAGCUGUCAGCACAGAGCCUGAUGCAGGGCUCGAACCCACGAGCCGUGAGAUCGUGACCUGAGCUGAAGUCGGAUGCUUAACCAACUGAGCCAUCCAGGUGCCCCUUUGUUGAGAAUUUUUAACAUAAAUGGGUAUUGAAUUUGUCACAUGGUUUUUCUGCAUCUAUUGAGAUGAUCAGAUGACUUUAUUUUUCUUUCUGUUAACAUAUCUCAUUGAUUGAUUUCUGUAUGUUGAACUAUCCUUGCAUCCCUGGAAUAAAUUCCACUUGAUUGUGGUGUAUGAUCCUUUUUAAUGUAUCAUUAGAUUAGAUUUGCUAGUAUUUUGUUUAGAACUUUUGCAUCUAUGUUCAUCAAGGAUAUUGGCCUAUCCUUUUGUGUUGUCUUGGUUUUGGUUUUUGGAGUAAUGUCUGGCCUUGUAAAAUGUGUUUGGAAGCUAUUCCUCCUCUUUUGGAAGAGUUUGAGAAAGGUAGUAAGUCUUCCUUCAAAGUUUGGUAGAACUUGUCAGUGAAACUGAUUCUAGACUUUGCUUAUUGGGAGGUUUUUUAUUUACUGUUUCAAGCUCCUUAUUAGUCAUUGGUCUAUUCAUAUUUUGUUUCUUCGAUUCUGUUUUGGAAGAUUGUAUGUUUCCAGGAAUUAAUUGACUUUUUCCAGGUUGUACAGCUUGUUGGCAUGUGAUUUUUUACAGGAGUCUCUUAGUUAGGAUCCUUUGUAUUUCUGUGUAUCAGUUGUAACUAUUCUUUGAUCUCUGAUUGAGUCCUCUCGUUUUUUCUUGCUUAGUCUGCUUAGGGUUUGUGGAUUUUAUCUUUUCAAAGAACCCUACUCUUGAGGUGCCUGGGUGGCCCAGUCCAUUAAGCAUCCGACUCUUGAUCUCAGGGUCAUGAGUUCAAGCCCAUGUCAGGCUGUGCACUGGGCAUGAAGCCCACUUAAAACAAACAAACAAAAA